AUGACAAACUGCCCUUCAACUAAGCUGGAUUUGGAGAAAAUCACACCUCGUUGCCGCGAGGACCGUGUCGACCACCUGUGGACCCAAAUUUUGGGUUAUUACCUCCAAGUCGAUGACUGGUUUGUAAUCGAACGUGAGAUUUAUACCACCGAAACUGAGCGUGAUCGAGUGGAUCUUAUUGUGACAUCUGUGCACAAAGAAGAGAUAUACAAGACCUUGUUCCUGGAAGCCAAACGGUCCCCAUCAUCGCGAAACAUCUUUUAUCCACUGCCUUAUAUACAUGGUUGGGCUGCCUGA